GUGGAACUGAAGUGAGAGGGGUGGACGGAUAGUUAGCUAGCAGCAUUACAGAAGAUUUUAUGUUGCUGCUUCUGAGCCGUCAGGUCUCGCUGUCAUUCGUUAAGCAAGUCAUUCCCCGAAGUCCGGUUUUGUUUUCGAAGCCUGCAUCACUUAACUUAAGAACAUUCAAAUUCAAAGUAAAAUUCAGCACCGUUUCUGCAAACGCUACCAUCCAAAAUAUAAUCACUAUGCCUGAGAGGAGGCCUUUCGUACGGUUGCCCACUGACGUCUACCCUGUCAACUAUGGGUUGUGUUUGAAGCCCGACUUAAUCGACUUCACUUUCGAGGGCAAGUUGGAUGCGCGGAUUGAGGUCGUACAAGGAACAAAUCAGAUUGUGAUGAACUGCGCAGACAUCGACAUCAUCACAGCGUCUUUCGCGCCCGAAGGAGGUGAAGAAAUAAGCGCCACAGGGUUCAACUACCAGAACGAGGAUGAGAAAGUCACGUUGUCGUUCCCCAGCGCUCUCCAGAAAGGGUCGGGCUCAUUGAAGAUUGACUUUGUUGGGGAGCUCAACGACAAAAUGAAAGGCUUCUACAGGAGUAAAUAUGCAAGUGCGUCGGGAGAAAUGCGCUAUGCUGCCGUAACCCAGUUUGAGGCCACGGAUGCCCGCCGAGCCUUUCCCUGCUGGGACGAACCCGCCAUCAAAGCCACCUUCGACAUCAGCCUGAUCGUUCCCAAGGACCGAGUAGCCUUGUCAAAUAUGAAUGUCAUUGAUCGAAAGCCAUAUCCAGAAGAUGACAGCCUUGUAGAGGUGAAGUUCGCCACCACACCCAUCAUGUCCACGUACCUCGUGGCAUUCGUCAUCGGCGAGUACGACUUUGUGGAGAGCCAGUCGUCGGACGGCAUUAUGGUGCGCGUCUACACACCCGUGGGGAAGGCGGAGCAAGGGAAAUUUGCACUGGAGGUUGCUACAAAGACCUUACCCUUCUACAAAGACUACUUCAACGUUCCUUAUCCGUUGCCUAAAAUCGAUCUUAUAGCUAUUGCUGAUUUUGCUGCUGGUGCCAUGGAAAACUGGGGCCUUGUUACUUACAGGGAGACUGCUCUGCUGAUCGACCCGAAGAACUCGUGUUCGUCCUCGCGGCAGUGGGUGGCACUGGUGGUGGGGCACGAGCUGGCACAUCAGUGGUUCGGCAACCUGGUCACCAUGGAAUGGUGGACCCAUUUGUGGCUUAACGAGGGCUUUGCGUCAUGGAUCGAGUACCUGUGCGUGGACCACUGUUUCCCAGAGUACGACAUCUGGACGCAGUUUGUGUCGGCCGAUUACACGCGGGCGCUGGACUUGGACGCACUUGACAACAGUCACCCCAUAGAGGUGAAUGUGGGGCACCCCUCCGAGGUGGACGAGAUCUUCGACGCCAUAUCCUACAGUAAAGGCGCUUCCGUUAUCAGAAUGCUGCACAACUACAUAGGAGAUGAGGACUUUAGGAAAGGAAUGAAUGCUUACCUUUUGAAGUUUCAACAUAAAAAUGCAUCUACAGAGGACCUUUGGGACUGUUUGGAGCAGGCCAGUGGGAAGCCCAUCGCUGCAGUGAUGAACUCUUGGACCAAGCAGAUGGGCUUCCCCAUCAUCGUAGUGGACCAGGAACAGCAAGGGGAGGAUCGCGUGCUCAAGAUCUCUCAGAAGAAGUUCUGCGCCAGCGGACCACACAAUGGUGAGGACUGCCCCAGCUGGAUGGUUCCUAUCAGUAUUUGUUCGAGCGAGGACCCUGCCUGCACCAAGAUGAAGGUGCUCCUGGACCAACCGGAAACCACCGUCACCGUUCCCAACAUCAGCCCGGAGCAGUGGGUCAAGAUUAACCCAGGCACCGUGGGCUUCUACCGCAUCCAGUACAGCUCGGCCAUGCUGGAGAGCCUGCUGCCGGGCGUCCGGGACCUCACCUUGCUGCCUGUGGACCGGCUGGGCCUCCAGAACGACCUCUUCUCCCUGGCGCGGGCGGGCAUGAUCAGCACGGUGGAGGUGCUGAAGCUGAUGGAGGCCUUUGUGAACGAGCCCAACUACACGGUGUGGAGCGACCUCAGCUGCAACCUGGGCGUGCUCUCCUCGCUCCUCUCCCACACCGACUACCACGAGGACAUCCAGGAGUUCAUCCGCGACCUCUUCACCCCCAUCGGCCUCAAGCUGGGCUGGGACAGCAAGCCGGGCGAAGGUGGGCCUCAAGGGCCAGGGUCUGGCCACCUGGACGCUCUGUUGCGGGGCCUGGUGCUGGGGAAGCUGGGGAAGGCGGGCCACAAGCCCACGCUGGAGGAGGCGCGCCGGAGGUUUAAGGACCACGUGGAGGGCAAGCAGAUCCUCUCGGCAGACCUCAGGAGCCCAGUAUAUCUUACAGUCCUUAAGCAUGGAGACAGUACAACGCUGGACACGAUGUUUAAGCUCCAUAAGCAGGCGGACAUGCAGGAGGAGAAGAACCGUAUUGAGCGGGUGCUGGGGGCCAUCUCUGCUCCUGAUCUCAUCCAGAGGGUCCUGACCUUUGCCCUCUCGGAGGAGGUGCGUCCGCAGGACACGGUGUCCGUGAUCGGGGGCGUGGCGGGCAGCAGCAAGCACGGCCGGAAAGCGGCGUGGAAGUUCGUCAAGGACAACUGGGAGGAGCUUCACAACCGGUACCAGGGCGGCUUCCUCAUAUCACGGCUCAUCAAGCUCACUGUGGAUGGAUUUGCGGUAGACAAAAUGGCUGCUGAGGUGAAGAGUUUCUUUGAGAGCCACCACGCGCCGGCAGCAGAGCGCACGGUACAGCAGUGCUGCGAGAACAUUCUCCUGAACGCUGCGUGGCUGAAGCGCGACGCCGAGGACAUCCACCUGUACUUCCUGCAGCGCAAGGCCCCGCCGGUCUGACCCCUGACCCCCUCCUCCAUCCUGCUCCUCCCACUUCAGACCUCCCAGCAGUGAUUGCUGCCUCUCUCCGCCAGCCCAUCACCACUAACACUGGAGGCCAAGCAAACUAUACAAACAAGAAACUGGGCUUCAUUUUUGUAAAAUCAACCAAGCGGCAGACAAGAAGAAGAAGACGAAGAAGAUGAAAAAAAAAAAAAAGAUAACAAUGAAUAUUGAUAAUUGUGCAACCAUUUCCAUUUUAGUGUUUCAAGAGAAACUUCAAAACCUAUCAAAUUCGCUUUAGUCUUGACGAGGAAUGUAGUGAGCCCCAUUCUGCCCUUCUGAGAUUGAAAAGGAAUUGUUGGAUUUUCCAGCUGAUUAAGAAUAUCACCACACACACACACACACUGCACAUGCACACACACACAUACACACACACACUGCAUACAUGCAUUAUAGAGGCUUUGUCUUUCAUGCAAUUUCUAUAUACUUGCACACAGUUGUACAACAAAUGUGAAUUGCUUUUUUGUCUAAUUGUACCUUCAGUCCAUCCUUUUAAAAAAAAAAAAAAGACGGCACUUCUCCGAGGUUAGAUGUUUUUAUGUUUAUUGUUCAAUGUUUGUUUUCUGCACAGACAGAGUUACUUCACGCAUUUUUCUCUCACUAUUCCCGAUAAGCGAGUUGCGUUUCGUAAAGCAUAUCUUCACACUGGGUGGAGACGUGGGAGACCACACAAAGGUGAAAAGCAGAAAAGCGCGUGGGCAGAAUGGGGCCGGAUGGUUUGGCGUCCGAUGGUAUUGUGAACUUAACGGCAACGACACUGAUCUCCAUCGCUAAUAACGGUUAGCAGCAACCGAGCAGAGCUAGCAUGGUACUGUAUGUUAUUGUAUGACGCGAGUCUUGUCACCCCCAUCCUACCCCCACCCCACCCCACCCCACUCCCCCCUCCCAACUCACCUCUAUGAAUGAUCUUGACAAGAGAUGUACCUGGUUCAUAUAUGGUUUCUUGACGAGAGAUGUACCUGGUUCAUAUAUGGUUUCUUGUAUACUUUUACUCCCCGAGAGGAAAAAACAAACAUUACCACUUGUCCCACUACACUCACAACACCCAACCUGUUGCUACAGUCCACCCUGAGGACUUGAGAACGGUUGAAAGGAACGAGGAAGGAUAAAGAAAAGGCAAAAGCAAACAAAGCAAGCUACAUAUCCAAGCAUCUAUAUAUGUCUGACACACAUUAAACAGAAAGAAAGCUUUUUGAAGAAAAACUUUUUAUAAAGUAUAUAUUCAGUGAUUAAUCUUGUGUAAAUUGUAUGGGAGUACACAUAGGGAAACUGUGGGCCUGUAGGAUUAAUUUACUUGAGAAUCUAGUGAUAUUUGGGGCCCAUUUUGAAAUAUUGAAGUGAAGUGAUUAUUUACACCUUGUACUUUUAAGGCCUUAAAAUUGGUUUUGAGGAAAAAGAAAAGUUUGCAAUAACUAUUCAAAGUGGUUAAUUGUAGCCUAUCUCCACCAAGUGUUUAAGUGUCAUGGGAUUCCACAUAGCCUUGUCGAACAGAUAUAUCUGUCUAUAGAAUUUACUAUUUGAUGUGGCUUUGAACCUUAAAGGUGAUCAUUCAAUCAAUUGACAGUCUUUCCCAGAAACAUUUGUUGUGCUUUUGUUAAAAAAGAAAUGCAGUUGGUGUUCAUUAAAAGUAAAAAAGAAAAAAAAUGAUUAAAAAAUGAUGUUAAAUUAGUACUGUUGAUUUUAUGUGUGAGGUGUGAAAGUGCAUGCCUGAAAUCAAGUUUUUGAUAUAUAAGUUAACAGUUGCUAAUCUGGUUAAAUUGUUUUCUAUGAUCAUUCACAAUGAGCAAUUCACCAUCAGAGAUUGACGGUGAGAUUCAUUUAGUACAAAUAAAAUGCUGUAUCAAACGUUCAUACAAUACUUAACAAUAUGAUACAUCUGUAGAUAAACACAUUAUAUGAUGUAGAUUAUCGGGAGAAGAAAAUGUUGUUUAUCUGAUCUGAAGAUGGAGACUGGGGUACUGUUGAAAUAGCCCAAAGGGAUGUAACACUGUAAAGUAAAAAAAAAGAAAAAAAAGGAUUUUUUUUGUUUUGUUUUGUUUGUUUUUGUUUUCACAUGUAUGCUCUUAUUCAGAAGCUCUGCUGAUGAUGUUCUAUGCUUUGUGGUAGCGACCGGAAAGAGUCGAGGAUCUGUUGAUCUGAUUUGAAUAUCAAAACUAUUCAAACAUCA